AUGAGCACCAAGAUUAAUAGCCUAAGGAAAGAAAUCAACAAGCUUCUGGAUGAUGAGGAAAUCUAUUGGGGGCAAAGAGCUAAAGCUCACUGGCUUAAGGAAGGGAACAAGAAUACUAAGUUCUUCCAUGCUCAAGCUUCUGAAAGGCGUAAGCAAAACACAAUUUUGAGAAUCUGGGAUGAGCAAGGCAGAUGGUGUGAUGAAAAGGAAAGCACUGCCCAAGUAGCCAUUGCCCAUUUUGAAAAUAUUUACAUAACAGAUAAUCCAACACGGGUUGAAGAAGUAACUGCAGCUAUCCCCUCUAGAGUGACUAAUGAAAUGAAUGCAAAUCUCACUUGGGACUUCACCAAGGAAGAGGUAUCCAUAGCUCUCAAACAAAGCCACCCUACCAAGGCACUUGGCCCCGACGAGCUGAAUAAAACAAACAUAGCCCUUAUCCCUAAAACAAAUAAUCCUAAAAGAAUGUUUGAGUUCCGCCCCAUCAGUCUCUGUAAUGAUAGUUUCAUGGCAGCCAAGCUCGACAUGAGCAAGGCCUUUGAUAGAGUUGAAUGGUGCUUCAUCCAAAGGGUUAUGGAAAGAAUGGGUUUCAACACUAGGUGGAUAAAUUGGGUAAUGCAAUGCAUCACCAUAGUCUUCUACUCAGUUCUUAUAAAAUGGGGUAGCGUGGGGAAAUAUCACCCCAACUAA